CGCCGUAGUUGACCCGUUCAGGCAGGAUGCGUUCCACGACCACGCGGCGGGCUGUUGGCAGACGACGAGCCGGCCUCGGCAGCACACAGGCGCAUUCCUCGAGGAGCGCGCGCCGCUCGCCAGCCAAGCCGAGGGACUAAACCCGCCCGGCGGAGGACGAGCUUUGCUUGGUUGUUUGUUUUCGGCGUUGUGGUGGUGCACACGUCGGCCAGCCAGCCGUCCUUCUACUUUGGCCCGUCCGAAGGAUGAGCCACCUCGGCGGACGGUCCGUCUGCCCCCCCCGCAGGGGGAGCUCAGCCAGAUGCCACGAGGAGGCGCUGUGGAAGGCGGCGACGGAGGGCCAAACGCAGCAGCCGCGCAUCCUCCUCCUCUUACUCCUCGUUGUCGUCCUGCUCUUCUAACGUCUGUAUUUGUUUCUCUCCCCGAAUGCUGAUGAGAGAGAUGCGUGCACAUAAUGAACAGUGGCCUACUUAAAAAGAAGGAAAGUGAAAAAAAGAGGAGGAGCUCUAGUCACGGAGCCACUUUGGGGUCACCUUUUUGGAGGCUGGCUGGGAAUGCACUUCCUGUCCUGUCCCGUCAUGUCCACCUGCACCACUUUGUCAGAAUUCUUUCUUAAAUCUCUCCCAUAGAACAGAAAAACUUGUACGGCACUUGUUCUUCUCCUCUUGAACUCUCUCAGUCCUCUCUUGUCUUGUCUGUGGAAGGAGUCUGAUUAUAUUGUGCUACUCGCAGCCACAGAAUAAUUGCAAUCAUCCAGAUUGACUUUUUUUUUUUUUUUUUUUGUGCCUUGGAAGCUGGAGAGUUUUGAUUUCGUGACGGAAUGCACGUUGCCGUUUUUUGAUACCGGAUUAGGAGCGGAUGCGUCAACCGAUCACGUGUUGGACACGCUUGUUGGAAUAUCAACGCAAACUUUGGAAUUACUGCCAACAGUGGAAUAAGGCAGUCAAGGUAUCAAAACAAAUGCCAGCAGAUUUGUAGAUCACCGACCUCGGCGGAAGAGCAUAGCCACGGGGAAACAGCCCAGCAUGGACCUUCCCCCCAGCGCCCCCCUUCAACCCUUCCGACAAUCCAGUUUCCUGAGCAGGAGGUUGAAGGGCUCAAUCAAGAGGGCCAAGAGUCAGCCCAAACUGGAUCGAACCAGCAGCUUCCGACACAUGAUCCUGCCUCGCUUCCGCAGUGCCGACCAGGACAGGACGCGCUUGAUGCAAAGCUUCAAAGAGUCGCACUCGCACGAGUCGCUGCUGUCGCCCAGCAGCGCGGCCGAGGCCCUGGACCUCACGCUGGACGAGGAUGCCGUCAUCAAGCCCGUCCACUCCAGCAUCCUGGGACAAGAGUAUUGCUUUGAGGUGACCACGGCAUCAGGAACCAAGUGUUUUGCGUGUCGCUCGGCGGCCGAGAGAGACAAAUGGAUCGAGAACCUGCAGAGAGCCGUCAAGCCCAACAAGGACAACAGUCGGCGUGUGGACAACGUGCUCAAGCUGUGGAUCAUCGAGGCGCGGGAGCUGCCCGCCAAGAAGCGAUACUACUGCGAGCUGUGCCUGGACGACAUGCUGUACGCGCGCACCACCAGCAAGCCGCGCACUGACACUGUCUUCUGGGGGGAGCACUUUGAGUUCAACAACUUGCCCGCCGUGCGAAACCUACGCCUGCACCUCUACAAGGAGACGGACAAGAAAAGACGCAAGGAAAAGAGCACCUAUUUAGGCCUGGUGAGCAUCCCCAUCUCCAGCAUCACCGGGCGUCAGUUUGUGGAGCAGUGGUACCCGGUCAUCCAGCCCAGUGUCCUCACCAAAGGGGCGGGCGUGGGGGGCGGCGGCAAGAUCAUCAACGCCUCGCUGCGCCUCAAGUCCCGCUUCCAGACCAUGAACAUCUUGCCCAUGGAGCUGUACAAGGAGUUUGCGGAGUACGUCACCAACAACUACCGCACGCUGUGCGCCGUUUUGGAGCCCGUACUCAGCGUCAAGAGCAAAGAGGAGGUGGCCUGUGCGCUGGUGCACAUCCUGCAGAGCACUGGAAAAGCUAAGGACUUCCUGUCGGACAUGGCCAUGUGCGAGGUGGACAGAUUCAUAGACCGGGAGCACCUUAUCUUCAGAGAGAACACUCUGGCCACCAAAGCAAUAGAAGAGUACCUCAAGCUCAUCGGACACAAGUACCUCAAGGAUGCCAUCGGGGAAUUCAUUCGCGCCUUGUACGAAUCGGAGGAAAACUGCGAGGUGGACCCCAUGCGAACGCCUCCCUCCGUGCUGCCGGACCACCAGGCCAACCUGAGAAUGUGCUGCGAGCUGGCCCUCUGCAAGAUUGUUAAUUCCCACUGCGUGUUCCCACGUGAGCUGAAGGAGGUGUUCGCAUCGUGGCGAGUGCGCUGCGCCGAGCGCGGGCGCGAAGACAUUGCCGAACGCCUGAUCAGCGGGUCCCUCUUCCUGCGCUUCCUGUGUCCUGCCAUCAUGUCGCCGUCACUCUUCAACCUGACACAGGAAUAUCCAGACGAGCAGACGUCGCGCACCCUCACGCUCAUCGCCAAAGUGGUGCAAAACCUUGCCAACUUCUCCAAGUUCGGCAACAAGGAAGAGUACAUGUGCUUCAUGAACGAGUUUGUGGAGCUCGAGUGGGGCUCCAUGCAACAGUUCCUCUACGAGAUCUCCAACCUGGACAGCGUCACCAAUGCUGGCGGCUUCGAGGGCUACAUCGACCUGGGCCGGGAGCUCUCUGUGCUCCACAGUCUCCUCUGGGAGGUCAUGGCCCAGCUCAGCAAGGACGCCAUCAUCAAACUGGGCCCUCUGCCCCGCCUCCUGAACGACAUCAGCAUGGCAUUACGCAACCCGCACCUGCAGAGGCAACCCAGCUACCAGGCCGAGCGCGUCCAGGCCGAGCGGCUCCUUUCCCGGCCCUCCUUCAACCGGGGCCUCUCCUCCUCCGACUUCCACAACCUUGUCAUGAGGGACCUUAACAGCUCCAUGGACGUCACCCGCCUGCCUUCGCCUACCUCCACCGGCGGGGUGUUGCCAUCCCGCUCCCAGAUGAGCUUUCAGGAACGCGAGCACCUCCUCCACCGAGCGUCGUCUAAAGACAUGUUCUACAUGUCCCGGCCCCCCCUCGCCCGCUCCAGCCCAGCCUACUGCACCAGCAGCUCCGACAUCACCGAACCCGACGGCAAGGAUUCCCGAAUGAACAGCGUGUCUAACCUGCAGUCGGUGGACAUGCUCAACUCCUCCCAGGCCUCCAUCGCCGGCAUGGGCAGCUUCGGGGGGCUGAGCGGCGGAGGCGGUGGCGGCCUGGGUUCGGGCCUGAGCGGCCAGCUGCGGGCCGGCGGCAGGUUGUCGGCCGGCUCCGGCGGCUCCAGCGUGUCCGGCGGCCUGCGGCUGAGCCGGCUGAGCCAGAUGGGCGCCGCCGCCACCGACUCGCUGUCCCAGCAGCAGCAACAGCAGGCCGCCGCCAUGCGCUACCCGCUUUCCUUCCAGAAUCCCCUCUUUCACCUGGCCACGGCGGACGGGCCGCAGCACCACCAGCACCACCACCAGCAGCAGCAGCACAGCCGCGCUCAGCCCCCCGCGCCCCUGCUCCUGGCCCCCGAGCCUGAGCCCUCGCACCCCAGCUACGUGCCGCAGUUCGCCCACGGCGGAUUCUCCCGCAGCGAGGACCUGUCCACCCUCAGAACCCGCGACGGCGCCCAUCUGGCUCAGCCCAGCAUCAUCCACUCGCACAGCUACAGCGACGACUACGGCCGGGCCGACUACGCCCGCCGCCAGAUGUCCGUCCACAUGCAGGAUAACAUGCAGCAGCAGCAAAUGAUGGGACUGACCUCCCAGACGGGCACCUCCCACUCGUCCUUGGCCACCACCCCUCCGUCCACCGUCCAGCCGCGAGCUCCACCCCCUUCCGGCCAACGCGUCAAAUCGCAGACGUCCCACCAGCUGUCGGUCAGCGCCGCCGCCGCGCCCCCCACGGCCGUCACCGCCAAGUCCCGGCCGCAGAGCGGAAACCUCCUGCAGUCGCCCGAGACGGCCUAUGGGGUCGGGCGGCAGCCGCACGGCGGAGGUGGCCGCCAGCUGUCCGUCAAGGACAACACGGCGCCGGGGCUGCCGCAUCAACAAAGCUCGGUCCGGGAGUCGGGAAGUCCGCAGGGGACGGGCAGCCCCACCACGCAGCAGUCGCCCCAACAGCAGCAGCCUCAGCCGCAGCAGCAGCAGCACCUCCUCAAGCCCAACGUCGGCAAACAGGGGUCCCAGGCGCCUGCGACGCCGGCCAACGAGAGGACAGUGGCGUGGGUGUCCAACAUGCCGCACCUGUCGGCUGACAUUGAGAGCUCACGCAUCGACCGCGAGGAGUUCAAGCUCAAAGAGUACUCCAAGAGCAUGGACGAGUCGCGCAUGGACAGGGUGCGUGAGUACGAGGAGGAGAUCAACUGCCUGAAGGAGCGUCUGGUCAUGUCGCACAAGAAGCUGGAGGAGUACGAGCGCCGCCUGCUUACCCAGGAGCAGCAGACCAACAAAAUCCUGCUGCAGUACCAAAACCGGCUGGAGGACAGCGAGCGCCGCCUGCGCCAACAGCAGCUGGAGAAAGAUUCGCAGAUUAAAGGCAUCAUCCACAGACUCAUGGCCGUGGAGGAUGAGAUACGAGGAGGACACGUCAUUGAGCCAAAAACAACCAGGAUUUUCCCAGAUCAGGGGAGGCGUCAGUCCAUCCUAGUGCAGCCUCGUCUCGCCCCCGUCCCACCCCGAGUGUCCAGCCACUCACAAAGCUUCAUGGAGGACAGUGUGGAAGCUAACUGGCUGAUGCGCCAACAGCGCCACGCGGCGGGCUGGCACGGCCAAAUGUCGCGGGCGCUUUCCCGUGAUGCCAUUGGUUGACAAAGGGAGAACGCGGGCCACUGGUCCCGGUCUGUGUACUCUAAGGACGGUCCGGAACCCCAGCGGACCAUGUGAGGAGCUGCAGUGUGGUCCUCGCUUUCUUCUUAUUUAUUUAUUUAUUUAUUUAUUUAUUUUGGGCAGCGGGAGGACAGGACAUUUGUGCAUGACUAUCCAGGAAAGGAUUGAAGGCGAGAGAGUGGAGGUGCAUUGUGGGUAUUGUAUUUCCAAGGUGCUUGACCUCUCUUAACCCUCCUGUUAUGUUGCGGGUCAAAUGGACCCAUUAUGAAAGGUUCAACAAAUUACAUUUCAGAUUGAGUCACCAAAAUGGCUACUUCAACCCAAAAUGGUGGA